AUGGUCAAAAAAAUGAAUAAUGGGAAAGUAAGGGAGACUGCAGGUCAAGCAAUGAAAAUAAAUCAAUUCGAACUGAAAUACAAUCGUGCAAAGCACAAGAUACUGGGAACAAAAGCGCUAUCAGCUCCAUGUGGUGCACCAGGAUUAUCGAAGAAAAAGGCCUUUGAAAAUAGGGCUAAGACAUUGGCUAUAGAAUGGAAAGAACGUGGAAAACGUAAUAAGAUUAUUGAUCAGCGCAUCGGUGAAGGUAAUAGCAUGAUGGAUAAUGAAGAACGUAUUUUAAAACGAUUUACUGAGGAACGUUUGAAAAUUUUCAAAACAACCAAUUCAGAACUAACAAAUGACGGAGACGAAAAACUGACUCAUAGAGGACGAGAAUUAACUGAAGUGGGGAGGUAUGAUCGCACGAUGUUAAGCGACGAGGAUAAUGAUGACGAGAUGAGAGGAGGAGGAAAUAUAGAUUCAAAUAUUGUGGCUGCAGUUCAUUUUGGUGGUGGAUUUGAAGCAUCAACGGAAAAUACAGCCAUAAAAAGGCAAGAUUUUAUUGCCGAAUUAAUAGCAAAAACGAGGCAACAACGUUACGACAAAAAGUUAGCUCGUGAUGAAUAUGAAGAUGCAACGGAAAGAUUGGAUGAAAUGUGGAAUAAAAUACAACAAACAGGUGCAAUGACCAGUUUUGUAAAGCCUACGAAAGAUAAAUUAAAUAUAAGUCGAGAUGAAAAAGAUGAUUACGAUCACUUGUUCUACGAGCUUCGAAUGGAUAGUGGGAAAAGAGGAGAGGCAACUGAACCACAGAAAAUAGAAAAAGAGAAAGCAAAUGAAAACCGUGAAAAGCUAAUUAGGCAAGAAAAAACUCGCCUUGCCAAGAUGGAUCAGGAUAAAGAAGCAAAAAAGAAAUCAAAAAGUGAUGGUAACAAAAACAUUUUUAUGGUGAAAUAUGACAGCUCAGGUGCGCUUAUGAACAUAGAAAAGCUCAAAAAAGGACGAAUAAAGGUAGUUCGUAUUGGGUCAUCGGAUGAGGAAGAUGAAACAAAUAGUGAAGAAAUGGAUGAAGACAAAGAAAAGGAUGAUUUUGAUGCAAUGGUGAAUGGCGUUGAUCAAACCGAUUUGCCGCAAUCCAGUACAAGGGACACUGGUAUAAAUGCAGAGACAGAAAUUCGAAAAGGAUCAGAAAAUGGGGAAUUACCUUUUGUCAUUGAUUUGCCUCAGAAAUAUGAAAAUCUGAAAAAGUUGUUAAGUGCUCAGAAUGAUGCAAACACUGAAGUAAUCAUUAAGCGAUUAAUUGAGCUUUAUCAUCCAAGUCUUUGUGAAGGAAAUAAAUCUCGACUUGGUCGGCUAUUCAUACUUCUUCUCAGAUAUUAUGAUGACUUAUCCAAGGAAAGCGUAGCAAAAAUAGCUCCGUUUGGUUAUUUGGUACGAGCAUUAUAUUUUUUGAUGAAGUUCGACGUCGAGCAUAGUGCACGUUGUAUGCGUGCUCUCCUACGUCAGCAAUAUGCACUACAUGCGCGUGCACCACGCGAGAUGUUUACAUUUCGCUUUGUUGCAUUUCUGAAAUUGGUUUCAACUUUAUACCCAAUGCAUGAUACGUUUCAUCCUGUCGUCAGUCCAUCACUUGCAUUUGCUUGCCGCCUUGUUUCAACUGCACGAAUGUGCAGUAUAAAAGACGUUGCACGCAUGCUAUCAAUGACCGGAAUGCUGGGUUCAUUUGUAGAAGAAAGUAAGAGAUAUUUACCAGAAGUUAUUGCUUUCCUUCAUGGCGUUUUUUUGAUGGCAAUUGAAAGCAGAGAUGAUGAACGUUCUCCAGCGACAACCUUUCCCAUAUCAUUGCCACAUCGUAGGAUGCUUUUUAUUACUGAUGAUUGUUCAAUGAUUGAAAUAACUGCACAACUAGAUGCAACGGAAGUGUUCAGUGAUGACAAAGAUAGCUUUGAAGAAAACAACAAAAAUCGCUUAUGUGUUUUAAAUAUUGCUUUUACCGUUUUAUAUCGAUUUAGUUCCAUUUAUUCGAACAUUAUCAGCUUCUCAAUAAUUUUCAGGCCACUUAUCGGCCUGCUGUCACGAUUACCACGUAAUCUAUAUCCGACUCAAUUAUUGGAGAAAUUAUCUGAAUUGGAAUCGUUUAUCACGGCUCAGUUUACAAGAAAUUUACUAAAACAACUGCAGCGUCCAGUGAAGCAGAAAAAAAUGCUGGAUCUGUUGGAACCAUGUUUUGAAGAGAAUUAUAAUGCAGAAAAAGCGCAUCACAACAAGAAUGUUGCAAAGAAGUCGAAAAAGGUUGAAAUCAAACAACUCACUAAAAAGUAUAAGAGAGAAUUACGUGGAACAGUGCGAGAAUUGCGUCGUGACAAUCAAUUUUUAAAUAGAGAAAAGCGACAAGAAAUGUUGGAGAAUGAUAAGGUUCGGAAGAAAAAGACGAAGUGGCUGAUAUCCACUUUGCAAGGACAGGAAAGUGAAUACAAAAAGAAUAUCUACAUGAAACACAAGUUGUGA